AUGUCCGAUAUUAUCAGAGAACCACGACUAGAAGCAACCAAAUUCUUCAAUGCCUUUGUCAAGUAUAUUGCUAAGUUGGAGACUGGGCUGGAUUUUGAACAACUCUUCAAAGUGUUUGUUGAAAGUUUGGAUCAAAUUUGCGUGUUAUUCGUUGUUCCAGCUUGUGUUCGAGCAUUUGCUCAAAGCUAUUUGAAAUGGCUGGAGGCAAUGGUAAACGAAUGCAGAGAAUAUUUUUUCGCUAAAGUGACAUUGCAAGAAAAAACCGAACUAAAAGACGUAUUCAAAAAUACAGUGAAUGUUACUGCACAAGCGGAGGCAUACCGCGCAUAUAUCACUGCACCGGCUGUGCCAACAAAGUCAAGCGGGACAGAUGUUCAAGAAAGGCACAAUGAUAAGGUAGACGAAGAAUUAAUAGAAGCUUCUAAAGAGAAAAAGCGAAAAGACGAGGAUAACGUGACAGUCGUGACAUCUACGCCACCCACAAAAAGGUCUAGAUCACGUUAUGAAUCAUCGUACUCGCCAUCUCCAUCUGAAGUGGAAGAAUUACCUUCACUAACAACUGAUUCAGUUUUUAAUGAUGACAACUAUGAAAGGGAUGUUCCUCAAUUAUCUGAUAACUAUAGCGAAGAAGACGAAAAGCCAAUAAUAGAAGAUUUAUCUGAUGACUAUAGUGAAGAAAACGAAAAGCCAAUAAUAGAAGAUUUAUCUGAUGACUAUAGUAAAGAAAACGAAAAGCCAAUAAUAGAAGAUCAAAAUAAUGUUAUCUCUCCUUUGUGUGCGAUCAGUACAAUUAGUACCGCCAAUGAGACGGAAGUGAAAUCAACCUGUAACGAUAAUGACGAAGAAUCAUCAUCGUCUCCUCCUAAUCAGGAACUAGAAGACACAGAAACGAUUCCCCUGAUAAUUUUAAAUAAGAUCAGUACAAUUAGUACCGCCAAUGAGAUGGAAGUGAAAUCAACCUGUAACGAUAAUGACGAAGAAUCAUCAUUGUCUCCUCCUAAUCAGGAACUAGAAGACACAGAAACGAUUCCCCUGAUAAUUGUAAAUAAGGAUGGAGAUAUCAUGACUGACACAAAAAUGAUGCGUGACAGGUAUCUAAGAAUACGUCGGGAUCUAUGUGACUAUUCUUUACAGAAGGAUUGGUUUAUUGAGGACUACAAUGUUUCGGAUGAAUUUCGCAAAUAUCAAAUUAGUAAUAUUGAAAAACUAGUAGCUGGCGAAACUUUUGACUUUGCAUCAAGCAGUGAGGCGAUCUUGUCCCUUCACAAUAUCAUGUUUAUUGACUCAACAACAAUGAAAAAACCUUUGUACUUAGAUAUAGAUGAUGAACGAAAAUGGCGUACUUCUAUACGUCAGCCAAAGCAACAAACUCCACCCAGUUUCCUCGGAGAAAUAAUGGACGAAUAUGAAGCGGAGAUAAAUGAUAUAGAUGAGCUUCGUUCCAAGUUCUAUGAUAUGUGGGGAAAUAUCGUGACAAAGUCAUUUAUUCGGAUAAUGAGAGGCGUUUGUUUGAAGCUAUCCAAGCACUUUGAAAGGAUGCACAUGUAUCCAGAUUCAAGGAACAAAAACGAGGAUACGUUUGUACAUGACUAUGUACAUGCCGCUUUUAAAGAAAUGUUCCGUGAUCCGAAUUAUGAGAUUAUUUGGGCAAACACCGAAAGUCUAUCUUCAAAAGAGCACCGAGCAACUUACGGACGUUCCAAAGGCAGAAAACCAGACAUUACAAUAUAUCGAGUUAUGAAAAAAGACGAAAAGGAAGAAACAUGUAAAGUUGAACGUGAAGAAACGUGCUUCGUAGAAGCCAAACAUUUAUCGGUCACGAGAAAUAGCAAAAUUGGAGGCUACAAUCUUUAUAAAGUAGCCAUCCUUUGCCAGGGGGGCAUCAACAGAAUAAUUUCUUCACGUGGAAACACACCAAAACUUAAGUCCUUUGGAGGACAUAUUUGUGAAGGUUAUAUCUAUUUGGGAACGAUGGAUCUAGAGUAUGACGGAAUUUACCGAUACUUUCAACUCUCCGAAAUUAAACUCGCUCAGGAACUUUCUGAGUUUAACCUCGUGAGAAAGUUAAUUAUAGAAAUAUUUUAUUUAAAGUGUCGGAUUGAUAGUUUUUAUUCUAGUGAAAAUAACAAGAGAUUAUCUGACAAUAUUUCUUGCCAUAAUAGCUUCUCCCGUGAACCAACAAUCACACCAAAGGCAUGUAGAAGUACGAUGAUUCCAGUUGUUAGCUUGAUUGAAAAAACUACGAAAACCAAUAAUUGUAAAAACAUAUAA